AAUAUUUUAUUAUGUUUUUAUAUAUGUUGGAAGCCGCCCAGAGUGGCUGGGGCAACUCAGUCACAUGGCCGGGGUAUCAAUAAUAAAAUCAUCAUCAUGGAAUAGGACAUCCCUAUUUUCAUCAGAAAAAUGUUGGAGGGUAUGCUUUUGAGUCAGAGUAGGAUCAGUGAUGGUGUUGUGCCUGGCAGAGAGCAGAACCCCUACUCAGCCAGCAAAGCCCCCAAUAUCCCAAGUGGGCCUUCUUGAAUAUCAGGCCUGAAGGUAGCUGUGCCACAGUACUGACCCCUGACCCCAAUAUUGGGAAAGCAAUUGAAAGAAAAGCAGUGAAGAAUAAUUGGGCAGAAUGGAAAGUCAGUCCACCUACCUUGAGAUGAACUCUUUCUAUGCAGGCCAUCUCUUCAUAUUUGCAAGAGGGAUUCCAGAAGAUUUAACUAGCGUGGGAGAGAUGUGUUCCUUGACUGCACUCCCCCCAACACACACUAAAGUGCUUUAGAGGCUGCCAUAUCAUGUGCUGCAGCUGUUGGAUUUCUCAGAAGGACAGGGAGAUUUUCUCCAAACAUGUUGUGAAGAAAAACCACUGGCCUCAGCUGUGAUUGGUGGAUUGGCACCUGAUUCAGCAGAGCAUCAGAAGAUCUCUCUGGCUGCACUCCCAGCACCGGUGCAAAGUAAUAUCAGCAGGUAAAGAGGCAAUCAUGUCAGCUUUACUAGCAAGAAACUGAUGAACACCCCCUCUUGAGGCAGUUUCCACUUACUUUCUCGAAAAAUGAGUAAGCAUUUUUCUGCUGCACAGGAAGCAAAUAUCUUUUAUGAAGCAACCAAUCACUCCAGUCAGCUUGAAGUUUCUGAAGGAAAGUUCUGGAAGCACCGAGAUUUAGUUUCAUUGUCUCUCUGGAGAUGGUCCCUGAAGUAAAAGAGAGGGAGAAGAAUCUUUGCGGAAACGAAUACUCUGGAAGGCUUGAGAGCGAGGUGCAUGCACCUUCGUAACAAGACAGGAUGGAAGCAUACCAGUAAAUUAAGCAGGGAGGCAGCUGCCAACACAAUAAACAUAAACUAUGAAGAAACCCUGGAGUCCUAAUCCAUCUCAAGACAAUGUACCGUAUACUGCAAAUUUCACAUGUUUUCAUGAAAGAGAAGGCGAGGCAGACCUGACCCCUGAUGAGAGUGAGGAAAAGAAAGAAAGAGAGAAGAAACACAGCAGUUUUACUUUGUGCAAUGUGUGCAACAUUCAACUGAACUCUGCUGCUCAGGCACAGAUCCACUACAAUGGGAAAUCACACCAGAAAAGAUUAAAGCAGCUCAGCAACGGGAAUCCAAAAACUGAUAAUGGAGGUACAUGCCAGAGCCCUGCUCUUCCAGCCCUGGUACGUCCUCCAGCCCCAGCCCUGCAGCCUCCGUUGGAUAUCAAACCCUUUCUUCCAUUCCCUCUGGACACUGCAGCAGCUGUCAAUCUCUUCCCCAACUUCAAUGCAUUUCAGAACAAGAACAUGCACAUCUCUUGGCCACAGUUCUGCAGCUCAGUUUUGUCCAAAAAAAUGCCAGGGCUGGCUCUCUGUAGAGAAGAUUCAAAAGAGGUAGGGACUAAUUUUGGAAGUCUGCUGAUUGGAGAAAUGGACCCAAUUCAAAAAGCUGUAAUAAAUCAUACGUUUGGGGUUCCUCUUCCUCACAGAAGAAAGCAAAUCAUAUCGUGCAACAUUUGCCAGUUGAGAUUUAAUUCGGAUAGCCAGGCUGCGGCCCACUACAAAGGCACUAAACAUGCCAAGAAGCUCAAAGCACUGGAAGCCAUGAAAAAUAAGCAGAAAUCUGUAACUACCAAGGACAGCGCAAAGACUACCUUCACUUCCAUCACUACCAAUACCAUCAAUGCCAGCUCUGACAAAACAGCAGGCAACACAAUAGAGGCACCAGCAAUAUCAACCACCACAAUGGUCGAAAUUCGGAAGAGCAGUGUCAUGACAACGGAAAUCACCUCCAAAGUUGAAAAACUCCCCACGGUAGCCGCUAGCAGCAGCAACACCACCACAUGCUCUUCGGGAGAGACAGAGGAAGAAAAGGCCAAGCGGCUGCUCUACUGUUCACUAUGCAAGGUUGCUGUCAACUCCGCCUCACAACUGGAGGCGCACAACAGUGGCACAAAGCACAAAACUAUGCUGGAAGCUCGAAAUGGGAGUGGAACAAUCAAAGCCUUUCCCAGGGCAGGUGUCAAAGGCAAAGGACCCAUUAAUAAAGGAAACACGGGACUUCAGAACAAAACAUUUCACUGUGAAAUUUGUGACGUGCACGUAAAUUCUGAGACACAACUUAAACAGCACAUAAGCAGUAGAAGGCACAAAGACAGAGCUGCUGGAAAGCCCCCGAAACCCAAAUACAGUCCCUACAACAAACUCCAGAAGGGAACACACCCACUUGGGGUGAAACUAGUAUUUUCAAAGGAACCUUCAAAACCAAUGGCUCCACGGAUUCUACCAAACCCACUAGCAGCUGCCGCAGCAGCUGCUGCUGUGGCUGUAAAUUCCCCUUUCAGUCUUCGAACAGCCCCACCAGCGACCCUCUUUCAGACUUCAGCACUUCCUCCGGCGCUCCUUCGACCUGCGCCGGGGCCUAUACGGACCACCCACACGCCUGUCCUGUUUGCUCCGUACUGAACUCCGGGAAGGAAUUAAUUGUACUGCAAUAAUUUUUCAGAGCAAAAGCAAAACAAGAACAAUGAACUAUGCAGUGUUAAUUUAUAGUUUAAAGUAAAACAAACUAUAUAUAUAUAUAAAUAAAUAUAUAAAAUUGAAGAGCUAGGACUUUUGAUAAGAGACCCGAACAAAUUCUAAAGAGGGGAAAGAGGCAGUAUUUUCUCCAGAUGAGAAUUUUUCUUAAAUAUUACCACUUUAGAAGUAACCAUUAUACCAUUAUAUAUAUAUAUAUAUAUAUAUAUAUAUAUAUAUAUAUAUAUAUAUAUAUGAGAGACUGUGCUUUCUUUGGCACAUAUCUCCCCUGCAGUGUCUUUCCUGCUUAUGAAACAGCAAAACACAAUUGUCUCAAGGGCAUUAAUCGGUUCCAAUGUACAUAAAAUACUUAAUUCUGUAGAAUAAAAGGGGGAGGGGCGGGGAACAGAAACACUGUGAAUAGUAGUACUCUUACCAAUGCUCCUGCCAAGUCAGCAUUUCCUAUUUAUCUGAGUAAAAGUAGAUACAAUAGAUGUCUUGUUAAACACUAGUAUUGUGUCUCUAUGUAUGCCACUAGGUUCACAAACCGAGAAGAAGUAAAUAUUAUCAUCUCUCUCUCAAGUGGUUUGCCACAAAUGAUCAUAGACCUAGGUAGCAAUUGUGGUCUACAGUCCUGUGCGCACAUAGUGUGGGAGUCAGCCCCAUUGCACAUAGGGAAACUUGCUUCCGAGUACACGUGCCUAGGAUUGCAGCGUUAGUCUCUCUCCCAUAUUCAAAAUUUGCCAACGUUCAGAAAAGAGAGCAAGGGACGGCGAUUUCCCUGCAAGCACUGAAUGAGCUGCACUGGAGCCAAAAUCCGUCCAGCAAUGUGCAGCAAGACCUCUUAACUUCUUUUCGAACAGCAAGCCCUCUAUUUUGCCCUUCUUGCAUCAUCCCAAGCUGCUUUUUUUUAAUUGUCCAGAAUUGUUAAUGUACCUUGCAGCGUUAUUUAAAGGGACUAGGGAUUCACUAUCCAGGAAAGAAGAAGAAAGUUAUGCUGCUCUUGAAUUUCCCUGCAUCCUUGCCCGGGGACUACUGAAGAGACACAGUGUGCGCAAAUUGCUAAGUGGUAAUAGAGACCUUAACCUGCACUAAUCUGAACUUGCAUUAGCAUUAUCAGCAGCAACCCAUGAGGUCACGGGCUAGAGGAAACCGGCCUUUGCUCUUCAGCCAAGAGUCAGCAACAGUGUGCAGCCACCCUGUGCAGCAGUCAGUGCACAUUGCUGGCCUCGCCACUCUUGCCUGCAACACCUCUAUGAGAUGGUCAGCAGCAGGGACAUGGGACCUUCCCUUAUCUCAGGUCACCUACUGAUGGUGGCAGCCAACUUCUAUCUUGGACUGCACCUGUUGCUGGUGUUCUUUGCCAUGUCCCCACUUUAAUGCUGCAGCCUUUGCCAAAGAUUUCUGGAAAUCAACCUUUGGUGAGGCACUGAGAAUUCUCCUUUGACGAUCCCUGGAUGCUCUCCUGUAGAACUAGACUUGUAAAGUCUGGUGGAAAGAGGAAAUGACAGCUAAACCAGUUCAGGACUGCUGAGUGGAUAAUGUCAACCUCAUGUUACAUGGAAGUUACUGCAUAUUUCCCAAACUUGGGUCUCCAACUGUUUUUGGACAACAACUCCUAGUGGGAAUUGUAGUCCAGAAACAGCUGGAGACCCAAGUUUGGGGGAACCCUGUGUCAGACACUAAUAAAACUGAGCAUUGGUUAAAGACAUAGGUCUUGUCUGGGAAAGGGAGCCAAGCUUGUGAAAUAUUUUGUUUUACCCCACACAAGUGAGCAGACAAAGAAGGAGCAUUUGUUAUGGGGGUUGUGAUAUGGGUUAAUAAUGUACAUUGCUACUGAUAUGAUCCAUUUAAAUAUAUGUGAAGAUGUGUCUUUUGAGAUAGUCACAUAUACUUGUGUGGAACAGGUAGAACCCUUGAACCCUAAACCCUGUCCCUGGCCUUUAUGUAGUAACCUCUUCAGGACACAUGUUCACUGUGAGGGUUUGAAAAAAUGAAGUAUUGGAGAUCUAUAGAGCUAUACUGUAUAUAUGCCAGAGUUAAAAAAAUAACUUAUAAAGAAUAUAUAUAUAUAUAUAAUAAUUAUAUAUAGCCAUUCAGUUUUAGAUAUGGGUCAAUAAGUGGUUGGCAACAAACAGCAGAGAAGAUGGGAAAGGAAUGCACAUGUUUUGAAUCUCUGAUAUUUGCUGCUGACAUUUUUUCCCCCACGGAGAGCUGAAAAGGAUAUUAUAAAUAAUAUGAGAUGAUCUGCUCAGUCAGAUUCAGCCAUACUGAUUUGCAGCUGCAGUGCCUGCAAGUAGAUUUUAGCUACAAAAAAAGUAAACCAUAUUUUUUGAAUUAAGUGGGGAGCAGGAGAUUAAAGGCUAUUCAUAAAAUGCUAGUGAUGCAAAACAUUGGCCAUAGAUUUGCUAAAACAUUCACAUGUUUUUAAAUAUUAGCACUUGAGGAUUUUUAUGCUUAGAGAAUAUUGACCAAGAGUUAUUCAUUUGUAUUUACUUUUGCGGGUUUGUUUUUUUAAA